AUGGGUCACGGAGAAGCACAAGUUAAGAUCCAUUACAAAGGCGAAAUUGAUGACUUCAUCAUAUUUAUAGAAAGCACCGAAGCUGCAAAUGAUUGGAAAAAAAAUAAAGAAACUUCCUUAGCAAAUGUCGUCGCUAGUUAUGAUGUAUUUGUGACUGGCAACUAUAGACAUGGCGCCCAAGGCAGUUUGGGAAAGCCCUCAAUGGCCGUGCUUGAGAAUGAAUUUGGAACAAGCAUCAAAGAGGAGAUAAUUAAAAAGAUAAUAGAAAAGGGUACUAUCCAAGAAUCCGAUGGAAUUAGAAAAUACAGUUCGAAGAAUGAUUCAAUUGGUCCACGAGCUGGUCAUUAA